AUGCCCCGAAUAUGUAGAAGACAAACUCAAAGAGUAAACGUUAUUUCUGAAAAUCCAGAUAUAUAUUUUAAAUGUUCUACUUUUAUUCCUUUUCUUGACUAUUUAAUAGAAUCAAUGGAUACUCGUUUUAAUCAAAGGCUUACUGAUGUUAUGCCACUUGAAGGACUUAUUCCGGCCAAUUUAAAUAUGUAUGAUGAUGAAAAUAUUAUAAAAGCUGCUAAAAUAUAUGGCCAAGAUCUCCAUGAUGAUACUCUAUCUACACUCAGAGCCGAGCUGUUCAUAUGGAGGCAUCAAUGGAAUCAAAAUAAUAUUCCAAAACCGAAUUCUGCUGUUGAUUCACUCUCUCAUUGCACCAAUCUCCAACCUAACAUUAAAAUACUUUUGCAAUUAUUUGCCACGUUACCAGUUACUUCGUCCACUCCUGAAAGAACGUUUUCUGCACUUAAUCGCUUAAAAAUUAUUUAA